ACAAAGAAAGUGACCGAGUGGUUGUAUUAAUUGAAGUGGAGACGAUAGAAUCCUUGUUUGAUGAGAAUAAGGUAAUUAAGGAGAUAACAAUUAUAAAACCUGAAAACAUAUAUUCACAUUCAAAUCUUGAAUUAGAUUCAGCCAGCGUUGUUUAUCAUCAUCUUUCAGCCCUAUUAUCAAGCAGUCUCAUUCCACUUAGAAUUCCUCCAUUUUCGGGAUUCUCCGUAAAGAUUUAUACUACUAUAACUCUUUUUUUCUCAUUUCCAUUUCCAUUUCCAUUUCCUUAUUUGUUAUUAUCAUUAUUUUCUCUCUACGACCUCCUCCUCCUUAAGAAUUCAUCAUUCCGUUGGCGGCGGGCGGCGGCGAUGACGACGGACGGUUGUGACGGGCCACCACCUCCGAAAGACUCCAUGGAGAGAUCAUUCGCGAACCUGUCGGUGCCACCGUGGACGAAGCAGAUAACGUUUCGGUCCGUGACGACAAGCGCGGCGCUGAGCGUGGUGUUCAACGUGAUCGUGUGCAAGCUGAACCUGACGACCGGGAUCAUCCCGUCGCUGAACGUGGCGGCGGGGCUGCUGGGCUUCGCCAUCGUGAAGUCGUACACGGCGGUGAUCGGGCAGUGCGGCCUCCUGAAGCAGCCGUUCACGCGCCAGGAGAACACCGUGAUCCAGACCUGCAUCGUGGCGUCGUCCGGGAUCGCCUUCAGCAGCGGGACGGCCAGUUAUCUGCUGGGUAUGAGUGGUAAGAUUGCCAAAGCCGCUGAUCUCGGGAACACUCCCGUCAACGUCAAGAAACUCGAUCUUGCAUGGAUCUAUCCGUUUCUUGCUCUUGUCAGCUUUGUUGGCCUCUUCUCCAUUGUACCCCUCCGUAAGGUGAUGAUUUUGAAGUAUAAACUCACAUACCCUAGUGGAACCGCCACGGCGUACCUCAUUAACAGUUUCCACACGCCCAGGGGUGCUAAGCUGGCAAAGAAACAAGUUGCGAAGCUGUUCAACUGGUUCAGCUUUAGCUUUCUGUUCGCUGGAUUUCAAUGGUUUUUCACCGGUGCUACGGGCGACUGCGGCUUCGCUAACUUCCCUACGUUUGGGUUUAAAGCAUAUAAACAAAAGUUUUUUUUUGACUUCUCAUCGACAUACGUCGGAGUUGGGAUGAUCUGCCCAUAUAUGGUGAAUAUAUCGAUGCUCAUCGGCGCCGUUCUCUCUUGGGGAGUCAUGUGGCCUCUUAUCUCGAAAAAAGCCGGCGACUGGUAUCCCGCCGAUCUCAGCGCAACUAGUCUUCACGGUAUCCAGGGAUACAGGAUAUUUCUGGCAGUUGCGACAAUGCUUGGUGAUGGUCUUUACCAUGUGGUGUACAUGCUGAUCGUGACAGCAGUAAGUUGGGCUCAGAAAUCAUCAGAAAAGGACUCAUCCGUGAACCCGGACGACUCGAGCGCGGUUGCGAAAAUCAAAGACUACGAUACAAAGCGCCGGACGGAAUAUUUCUUGAAGGACCAAAUCCCCGUAAAGUACGCGGUCGCCGGUUACGUCUCCCUGGCGGUACUGUGCAUGGUGGCGACUCCUUUCCUUUUCCAGCAACGGCUGAAAUGGUAUCACGUCGGCGUGUCGUACCUCAUCGCGCCGGUCUUGGCAUUCUGCAAUGCGUACGGCUGUGGCCUCACCGACUGGUCGCUGGCCUCGAAUUACGGGAAAAUUGCCAUCCUGACGCUCAGCGCAUGGGUCGGUGCGGACGAUGGCGGUGUCAUCGCGGGCCUUGCGGCCUGCGGUGUCAUGAUGAGCAUCGUUUCGACUGCCUCGGAUCUGAUGCAAGAUUUCAAGACGGGGUACUUAACCCUCGCCUCGCCUCGGACCAUGUUCUUCAGCCAGGUGAUCGGUACCGCAAUGGGCGUAUUGAUCUCCCCAGCGGUGUUCUGGUUCUUCAACACGGCCUAUUCUGUUGGCGACCCGGACGGGAAAUAUCCCGCCCCGUUCGCCGCCAUGUACCGCGGGAUCGCGUUGUUGGGUGUCGAGGGCCUGUCCUCGCUGCCCAAACACUGCGUGAACCUCGCAGUCAUAUGCUUCUGCGCCGCCGUCGCGCUCAACGUCAUUGCGGAGAUUCUGAAACACGUCGAGAAGACGUACAGGAUUUAUCGGUUCAUCCCGAGCCCGAUGUGCAUGGCGAUUCCGUUCUAUCUCGGAGGAUAUUUCACCAUAGAUAUGUGCGUCGGGAGCUUGAUUCUUUUCGCUUGGGAGCGGAAAAACAAACAGAAGGCUAAGGAAUUCGGUCCGGCCGUGGCUUCCGGGUUGAUUUGUGGGGAGUCUUUGUGGUCGGUUCCUGCUGCCAUUCUUGCCUUAGUUGGUGUUAACCCUCCUAUGUGCAUGAAAUUCGUUCCUGGCACAGCAAGCUGAAAAUCAAUGAUGGAUAAAAAUUAAUGAUUUGGUUGUUUUUCUUCUUUAUUAAUUUUCACUAGAAAUUCUCAAGUGUGCUUGAUCAAUCUGAUUGUGUAAAUAUUGUUUUCUAGAUUAGCCACAUUUCAAAUAUUUCAUUUGUUUUGAUUUAGACAUUGUUUCAGUAUUCAUAGUUGAGUUCAAGAGUAUUGAGCAUUUAUAUGGAGAAAUCCAAAUUGAAUUGUUUG